GAACCGACGGAGAGAUUGCAAGGCAAUCAUCGAAAUAUUGCCUUAUCUGUCGCUUAAAGUAAAGGGGAUUGAAAAGUAAAAUUUCCUAAGCCCGUGGAAACAGUUCGAUAGCGAUAUGCCUCACACGUAUAUUCAUUAGGAACAUUUUUUCUAGGUGUUCUGUUAAUUAAUAGCACAAGAAAUGUUUAAAAAUUAAUUUUUAUUUACUUUCUAAUAAGUCCAUUGAAACCGUUCCGUUGCUGAAUUGCUGCAAUGUCUCCCCAAUCACUUGACGCCUCUAUAUGAAUACAGUGUCGAUUUAACAAGAGUUUUCCAAACUUAUUUAAAACACGGCCUAGAAUCUUCCGUCUUACCCUUUUAAUAAAAUCUAAGUGCCUCUAAUCGAUGAUGUUUAAAUUCCGGAUUACCAAUCUACGUCAACUUAAGAUGCGUUUUCUGUUUGCUAUAUAAAUACUGCUCGUGUUUUUGCGCUGUGGUAUACCUCAAACAACUAUAUAUUGAUUCCGGUCUUUUUGUUUUGCACUUCUUGACUCUGCGACCAGAGAGAAACAUCAUCAAAUAAGUGUUGUUCAGGUCCGGACAAAAAGCAACAUUUUGUUCUUUUUGUUUCCUCCCACCACGGACGACUAACCUUGUGGCUUCGCUUUUAUUUGACAAACAUUUUAAUUAAGCUAGAUAUCAUCUUUUACUUAUAUAUACGGACGGUAAACAGUGACUCGGGGAGGAGAAAUUAAAGACAUUUGAUGUUUAAUCACCACGUUUUUGAGUAUCGUCUUUGAGUGCUUCGGAUAUUUGUUUGUUUGUUUAGUGUUUAACUUUCUUCAACAUCUAUCAUGGCAGUUGCCGGUCAGAGACUAAAGAGCGACGACUUGGAGAUGGAAAAGGACGCCUCUAGACCGUUCUUCAAGAGACAGGAAGGUGAAAUCGGUGUCUACGUUACGGUGUACGAUGCCACGGCCCACAACCCGAAAGCGUACGGCUCGGAGCAUUUCUAUUUCAUGGAGCUUUUGGACAAGCUUCAUGAACAGCUGAAUGCUGGGGAUUUCGUUAAGAUGAGAGCGGCUUUGGAACGGAAAGGAGAAUUUAAAGGGGCUUAUAUCGAACGCUUUGAGAAGGGUAUCGUCCUCGUGAUUGGAUUUGAUGACAUUGACGCACUAGAGAACAUUUGGAAACUCCACAAAUCGGAGAGAAUGAAUGGAGCGGUGCAAGAUGUUCUGAUUACCCAGCCACUAUUAAAAAAGCUGGAGGCAACCCGAAUCGUCCUGACGACCAGAAUGUUUGAUGACGAGUACACUAACUGCAAGAAUGAACUGCUCAGUCGAUCGUUACAGAGGAUUAGCAUCAAAACGAAAAAGAACGAUAUGGAUCUUCUCCAAAAACUAAAAAAUUUCCAAAACAAAUUCAACGAUGACGUUCAAGAUCUUCAAGAAAGAGAGGCGAGUUUUGGAAAGAAACUUGGAGAAUUCAUGAUGAUUGCAAAGCAAAUUCUCCCGGUGAAUGUGAUCAAAAUAAAAUCUGUGAAAGAAUUUGAGACCAUUGUCAAAGUAGCGAAAGGAACUCCUCGGGCUGCGAAAAAAUUAGGCAUCAUUGACCAGUAUUUCGACAUUUUAAAGAAAUUAAAGACGACCUUUUCUGAUAUUGAAGAAGUCGUUAGUUUACCCCUUCUCCAAAUGCACCAAAUCUGUGAAACCGACAAGCAGCGAGACGUCAAGCCAAAAAUCCAAACUUUGUCUAAAGACAUCUUGCAGAAGUUUCGUCCAGACGCCAAUCUGCAGAUGGUCUCUCAUCCUGGGUGGGGCAAACGUCUGCUCAAAACAGAACACGACCUGUUCCUGGGACUUUUAUCUCUGGUUCCCAUAGGAACCGAGGCGGCUUUUGACAUCAACUGUCUACUUGACGAAUACAUAAAUGACUUUCCUUUGUAGAUGUAGAUAAUCAAUGACUUUCCUUUGUAGAUGUAGAUAAUCAAUAUCUUUUGGUAUAUUUUCUUGUAGAAUUUAGUGAAUCUCAAAUUUUAUUUUCGUAUACUAGUCAGACCAGUAUCGGCAAAUAUCCUUAAAUACAUGUACAUCAAUGUAGUUUGGUGUAUUUUAUUUUAAACGUAUAUAUAUCAUAAGUCUGAAUUUUUCAUGCUCACAUUUCUGUUGCAAUAUUAAUAUAACCUUCUGUUUUGAUUGGUUUAUAAUAGUGACGCGUGCAUGAUGUGUAAACAUAAAGUGGUAUUUAAAUGAUACUAACAAUUUAAAAGUUGCACCCAGUACAGUGGGCGUGUAUAAGUCACUUUAACAUUACAUUAUUCAUUUAGCUGUACAAGUAGAGCGCAUAAGAAUAUCUACGACUUGUACAAAUAGUGCUGUCUUACUAAAUGGAGCAAAGUUGAAAAUUUUGUAAUUUGCCUUACUUUCCAUUAAAGUGUUGAGACUGUC